CAGAAUAUGAUCUGAUAAUCUCUUGUUGUAAUAAUUGAUUAUGCUCGUAUACGUUUUCUUUAAUGCAUAGAUAUGAUGGAGCACUACGUUCUUUUAUUCUUCACACUGAUGUGCAUUUACGCGACCUUCUCCGAUGCUGAGGAAACCAAAGAGAUGGCAAUCUCAGUUCCGCUCCUAGAGUCACAAGCAAAUGCGGUGCGAUGCCCAGAUGGGAUAUUUUGCCCAAAUCGGCAAACGUGUUGCCCAACUUCCCCCUCAAGAAGGAGAUACAAUUGUUGUAGAUUUUAUCAUGCUAAUUGCUGCUCUGACUAUAUAACUUGUUGCCCUCGGUAUUGGCAAUGCUUAACUACAAUGCGCAAAUGCUUGAAACCGACGUAUUCAUCUGUAUUGCAAAUGCCGGCCAUUCUGCUAGUUAAUAGUACGGACAAACGUUGCCAUGAUGGUACAGCUGACAUUGACCCAAAGGUUAGCAGAAUUACACCUUCACAACAAGAAGAAACAGUGUUGAAGAGAAGUGGCUUCAUCGGCACCUCCGGCGACGUUUUCUCUCCUGGUGAAAAAUAUCAGUGUCCAGAUGGGACAAGCGCUUGUGAGCUCUCUUCUGGAAUACAUGGCUGCUGUCCGAUCCAAAAUGCAAGGUGGGUAAAGAUAAGGGACACCAUUCCACCCCCACAGUCAUCAGAUGGUAUGUGA